UUCUUUGUUUCUCGCGAGAUUUGAAACACUGCGCUCAAUCGCUCGGCAGCUUCAUCAUGGAGGAAGAGUACGGACGUAAAUGGGACCGGUGCCUUGCUGACAGCGCUGUCAAAAUCGCGACCGGUCUUGGAGUUGGCAUAGUUCUCUCCGUCACGUUAUUCAAACGCCGCACAUGGCCAGUGGCGUUUAGUGCAGGAAUGGGGCUGGGCAUGGCCUACUCCAACUGCCAGCAGGACUUCAGGUCACCGUACCUGCUGCACGGACACAUGGUUAAGGAUCAGUAGAGGAGCAUGGGAGGUGCUGGUCUUUGCUGUCAUCCGUCAUGCUGUUCAUUUCUGUUUGCUUGGCGUUCUUUUGUUCGCUACCUCCACGUGUUCCUGUUCCCGGUCACCAUUGUAAUUGCUGCGUCUGGAAAGAAUGUUGUUUAUUUAAUCACACUAUAAUGAAAAUAAUUAAAGUGACAUUUAAAAUAAAAAAUAAAAUAAAAAAACAAACAAACAUCAAAA